UUGAUGACGUACAUCGUUAUGGCUCUCAUUGUUUGCCAUAGUAUAGAGUGGCGUAGAGUGUUGAGAUUCGAGUUCUGUAUGAUAAGAGCUAGCUUUUUUCGUCCUUAGCUAGCCUUUCGACGACGCUUCUCGAUGGCUGAGCUCGAGGAGCUCGGGAAUAGCAUUCAUUUGCCUCUCUAUCCGAUUACCUCCCUACAAGUAGGGCGGAAGACGUCUAAGGGAUCCAUUCUCUCCGUCCAUAUUGCGAGGGAGGCGGGUCAGUUGAUCUUUUUCGUGAACAGCCCCUGGUGUCCCAAGCGGAGCAGCGGGAAGGAUGCAGGGCUAUGGCAGCUGCUCUCCAAGGCGCCACGCUACGACUCGCCGUUCGCCAACAACAGCCUCAUGGACCGCCUGCUGGGCGAGAUCAUGGCGCUGGAGGAGUCGUUCUGCAGAACCCCAAGACUAGGGAGUGGCAGCGGGGGGGGUGCUGGGGGUGGCAGUGGGAGGCACAGGAAGGUGAAGUGGAAGUCUCUGGACACGUUUGUGCGGCGCCUGCAUGCCAGGCGGAGGGCUCUCUCGCACCUGCACCCACCCCCUCACGGCCUGUGUGGCUGUGUCACCCUGGAGGUCUGCUGGAGCGAUGUGCGCGGCCUCAGAUACGAGAACGAGCUGCAGGCCGAGGCUAAUCUCGCCAUGGAGGUCACCCGGGUGGUGAAGCGCGAGUUUGACUCGUUCGACCUGGCGGUCCAGGCCCACGCCCUGCGCCUCAACGCCAGCCCGCCCGUGCAUGGCACCCAACUCUCUCAAACUUCCUUGCCUGCGGCCAGUCCGGGUGUCUCUGCUGGUCCUUGGGUGGGGAGAUCGUUCAGUGGGAAGCGGCUAGAGCUAGGGUCACCUCUUGCGUCUGCUGCUGCUGCUGGUGGUGGUGGUGGUGCUGCUGCUGUUGCUGGUGGUGGUGGUGGACGGGUGUGCAGUGCUGGGAGCAGCUUCUCUGCUGGGGAGCCUGGGAGCAGACUAGCUGCUGCUGCUGCUGCUGGUCGGUCUGCCGGUGCUUCAUUUGCCAGUGCUGGUUCUGGUGCUGCCAUGUAUGCCGGUUUUGGCUAUGGAGCCGCUGCUGCUGGUGGCUGUGACCUGUGGGGAGGGCAGAGGCAGGCGUGUAUUGGCAGUCCUAGGAGGGUGCUCUUUCUUGAACCGCAGAGCCCGUGCUCUCCAGUACCACUCAGACUGCACCCUGCUGCGGGUGCUGCUGGUUCUGCUGCUAGUGCUGCCGCUGCUGCUGCGACAAGAGAGGAGCUGGUGGCGUUUCCAAGCUCACGAAGCAGACUGUCAGAUUCACAGCUGUGCAGUCCUCACCAUCACCAACACCAACACCACCACCAGCAGCACCAACACCACCACCAACAGCACCAAUACCACCACCAACAGCACCAGCACCACCACCAACAGCACCAGCACCACCGCCACGACCACCACCAUCGCCAGGAGGCAGGCACAAGCCAGUCCAGUUCGGAGCAGCACACGUGGAUGAGUGACUCCAGCGAGAGGUUUUCAGAGGGGUGCAGUGAGAUGGGCUUGCUCGAUGUUGACUUCGACGCCCGCACUCCACCAGAGGACGAGUGCAGCGGUGAUAGGAGUGCCAGGGUGAGAAGUGAGAAAAGUGACAGGGUGGGAGCGAACUUGGACAGCAAAGGGGGCAGUGUAGCAAGACAAUGUUGUGCAAAUAGAGAAUCGAAUGCUAGAGAGGCGUCAGAGGACUGCUUGUUGGAUGGGCAUGACCCCGGCUCGCGGUCCGAAAGCGGGAGUGGUAGCGCGGCAGAGGAAUGGGAGUCCUAUUUCAGUGGCGAGCCUAACUCUGGGUCGUGCUGGGAGAAUGGGACUCAGCUGUACAGCGGGAGUCAAUCCAGUGUACAUGACGGUGUGAAAGCAGAUGGGGAAGGUUCUAGUGUGAAUGAAGGCCGGGAAGCAGAGGCAUAUGGUAGCCUAGACAGCUGGAAGGAGGUGGACUCAGAUUUUUGUGAGAAUGCUCAAAAGUCUCUCACAGAGGCAUAUGGUAGCCUAGAGGGCUGGAAGGAGGUGGUGGACUCAGAGUCGCCUGAUGAUGGGGAGCCCAGUGUAGAUGACGAUAGGGAGGCAGAUGGGGUAGUAUCCAGCAUGUAUGAAGAGGCAGAUGGGGUGGUAUCCAGCAUGUAUGAAGAAGCAGAUGGGGUGGUAUCCAGCGUGUAUGGCGACAUGGAAGCAGAGACAGAUGAUGGUUCAGAAAGCUGGGAGGAGGUGGAAACAGGCUCGCUUGCCUGUGUAAGUGGUGAGCUUGAAGCAGAGUCAAGUUGCGCAGGCAGUGUAUGCUGCAGUAAGGCGGAGCGGAUUUUGGAUUCGUCUAAAAAAUCGCCUGCGUGUAUUAUAAGUGGCGAGCUUGAAGCAGAGUCAAUUUGCGCUCACAACGUACGCAGUGAGGUGGAGCGGGACGCUGCUCCUAGCAUUCUCAUUCCCUGUCGAAUCUUUGUGAGCAACAGCUGCUGCUGGAGUGAGGAUGGGGAUGCGUGUGGUGCUGGUGGUGCUGGUGAUGGUGAUGGUGCUGGUGCUGGAGCUGGUGGAGAUAUUGGUAGUGACGGGGGGGGAUCAUGCAGUGAUGAUGUGGAGGAAAACGAGAGGAGGGUGGGAUCUGUUGAUGGCAGCUGUGGCAGCUGCAGUAGUGGCGGUGGCAGUGGCAGCAGUAGUACCGUUGGUGAUGCUGAUGCUGAUGCUGAUGCGGAUGCCGAUGGUGAUGGUGAGACUGAGGUCGGCAGCAUAAGUUAUUGCUCCACAUCAUCAUCAUCAGCCGAACAUGAGCCAGCAUCAUCAUCUUCAGCCGAACAGCAACCAGAACACUUUCCCUCUCCUCUCACCCUCCCCACCCAUUCCCACUCUUCAACCCUCUUCUCCUCUCCCCAAUCCCUCCCCACCCACCCUCAACCCUCAAUCCUCCUCACUUCGCCCAAAACCCUUCUCCCAGCCCCCCGUGCCCCCCCCACCACUAUCACCUACCCAGACACUCUCCUCCUCUUCCGUUUCACCCACCCACACCUCCCAGCUGCCCUCGCUGACGUCAUCACCACCGACCAGCGCCUGCUCCACCAAUUAGAGUCCGGCCUCCCCGCCUGGGCGGUCUUCCUACAGUCCUGCGCGGGCCUCUCCGCCCUCUACCGCCCCUGGAUGCGCCCGUUGGUCGCCUACGCGUGCUUUAUAGUCUCCCUCGUUACAGUCCUCAUCGGGUUCUACGACCUGUAUAAGAACAUCCCGAUCCUCCAAGAAAUGCUGGCUAGACUCCUCGGGCCAAUCUGGGGGGUGGUGGGGACGUGGGACAUGGGCACGCGGCUGAGAUACCUGGGGACCAUUCUCUUCCUGCAGAACUGGGAACGCGCCUUCAAGUGGGUGUCGGCCGCCUGGAGAAUCGUCUCGCACGUCCUCUCGGUGCUCUCCUACACCCUCUCCCUCCUCCUCAGGCCCUUCCAGCACCACUGGGCGCUUCUCACCCACACCUUCCUCUCCUCCUUCACCAAGCUAUUCUCGAGCGUAUGGGGUUUGUUAUCCACCCUGGGCAAGCUGGUUACCAGCAGCGGCGGGUUAUUUGGUUACGCGUUCCGGCCUCUCUGGCUGCUGCUGCAGCACACAGUGGUGCCGGUCUGCCACUGUGUAUAUGGGGGCUGGCGAGUGGUCUAUGGGGGCUGUGCGGUGGUCUAUCAACUUGUGUCCCAAGCAUGCAGCAGCAGUGUGUUCUGGCUGGUGCAGCUGCUGUCGUCCCAGGUGUCCUUCCUCUACACCAACUGCAUGCUGCUCUAUCAGCUCGUGGCUCAUGCCUGCAGCAGCAGUGUGUGGAAGCUCGCACAACUGCUGUCUUCCCACCUCUCGUUCAUCUAUUCACAAGCAGUGGUUCUGGGCAGGCUGCUGGGGGUGCUCAUUCAGCCGAUUCUGUUCCUCGCUCGUGCCAUCUGGUCCAUAGGUCGGGCCAUCGUCCUUCCGCUACUCCACUUCAUCCACCUCGUCCUCUCACCUCUCAUAUCAGCCCUCCUCGCUCUCCUCAAGCUCCCCCUGCAGCUGCUCCGCCUGCUGUUGCAACUCGCCUCCUUUCUCUACUCCACCUUCUCUCACUCGCUCUCUCACUCCCUCUCCCUCUCCCUCGCCUCCUCCCUCAAAGCCCUCUCCCUUCACCUUGCAUACUUCGUCAAAACCCUCAUGCAACCCCUUACAUACUCCAUAAAAGCCCUCUCCCAAUCCUUGACUUACUCCUACAUAUCCGUGGCUAAUAGUAUCUCCUAUGCCUCCAAGGCCGUUUCCUCCUCUCUGCGAUUGGUCGGCGGGGCUCUGAAGUUAGGCUCGGCAACCAAGGCAGUGGGGCAGCGAAUCUCUGCUGCAGGUUCGGCAGUGGGGCAGGUUUCUGCAGCUGCAGGUUCGGCGGUGGUUCGGUCCCCUUCCUCUUCCCUGCUGCAGAUGUGGAAGAAUCUCUUCCAAAAGUUAUUCCGAGCCAUCAUGUGGAUCUUCAAGGGUGUUGGCUCCUUCGUUGCUGCUGCUAACAGACACCGGCUUAGCACGCGGCACUACGUGCUAUCCCAGGUGCGCAGGCUGCAGAUGCGGCUCAUCCAAGCCACUCAGGCCGCCCAGGCAGCAGUGCUGAGGCACCUCACCCAAACGCUCAGCGCUCAGCGGCUGGUUCGCCCACGAGAGAUAUGGGCUACUUCCCAAGCUACAGGGGAUGAGCCUGUUGAGGGAACUCAGCUAAGGGGCAGCGGGAAGGGGUGUGGGGACGGGCACAGGGGAGAUGACGGGGAUGGUGAGGAGGAAUACUGGGAUGCCCGAGAGAUAGACUCUGAGGAGGAAUGUGAGGACGAGGAAUGUGAGCAGGAGGAAUGUGAGGAGGAGAAAUGUGAGGAGGAGGAAUGUGAGGAGGAGGAAUGUGAGGAGGAGGAAUGUGAGCAGGAGGAUGUUGGGGAGGGAUUGGGAACUGAUUAUGGUGAUUAUGAGGAAGGGGGGGAGGAGGAGGAGGCGGAUGGGGAUGAGGCGGCGGAUGGUGAGGAGGAGGGUGAGGAAGCGGAUGGUGAGGGGGAUGAGGCUUUUGCAGAUGCUCAGGAGGAUGCAUUUGAAGGUUCCUCUUGUGGAGAGACUGUGGAUUAAAAGCUGUGCUGAUCUUGGAGCUGCAAAAACUGUUUGGCGGAACAUAUUGCAUUCUCGCCUGCAAUGUGAGUAAGGCGAGUAGCUGCUGUUGGUGUCAUUACAUAUGCUUUCAUUAUUUUGCACCCCGUACAAUUCCUGAUCCUUAUAUUCCCAUAUUUUAAAGCCCGGUUUCCAAAUUGCAAGCCGCGGUGCUAAAACGCACUGUGUUUGAAGGGGGCUGGGGCGAGGGUUACGUGGGCUGUUUUCCUGGGGAGUUUGGGGGGUGGUGGAGAAGGGGGUUGUCAAGUUCAGUGUGUGCUGCAAUUUGGAACCUCGGAGUGCUUAGGUGCCACAGCCGUUCAUUUUCCAAGAUCUAAAUCUAACGGUCUAAAUUCCAAAUAAUUUGUUAUGCGGGAACAACAUCUCGCGACCCAAACGUAGCCGUUCGAUUAUUGAUCUGAACGAUCGAUUACCCAGAAUUAAUUCGCGUUUCCCAUGUUUCUAACGCGCCUGUAUCUGAGUGGCGUUUUGGGUCCACCAAUCUGGCUUCAGUUUACGAUAACUGAAUUAUGG